GCAUUCUUCUUCUUCUUCCAAUAUUUUAAAAGUUACUGCUGGCGUCAGGCAGCCUGGUAAUUGGGUCUGUUCAUCUCUGGGUUAUCGGCCUGCGACCUUCUUUCUGAAAUGUAAACAGCUAAGAGGGGUGAUUUGCUACAAGAGAAUGCAGCAAGAGUAAGUGCCAGGUGCAGGGUACAAUUCAUAUGGAAUCAGAGAGUAAUUGGUUUUGCUUAGCUUUGUAAAGGACAAGUGUUUGUUAGUAGUAACAGCUGAAGUAUAACCAAGAUUGCUUAAUUCUUUCAGGACUGUUUAUGCUGUUUCCCCAGCCUGCUCAUUGUUUCUUAUUUUCUUUGUUUAUCAGAAGAUUUCUAUUUUUGCUGCAACAGUAACAGUCUUUUGUGGUCUGUGAUAGUACAAAACUGAAUAUAGCACAAUCGUCCAUUACUCAGGGCUCACUAAAUAAACGAGGCUGCUUCCUCUUCCGAGCAACCUAAGGAGAGGGUAGAUCCACGUGACCCGGAGUCCAGGAUGCGUCAUCGAGUGCGAACAGCCACAAAUCACCAACUCUGCUAUCACUUAUAUUUUUUAAAAGUGCGAGUCUCUACAGGAGUGUGCAACCGAGCUGUGAAAGGCCAGGCCUCGGAGAAGGAGUGGCGUGUACUCUGGAGACACUGCCUUCUGUGACCAUGAAACUCUGGGUAUCCAUGUUGCUGGUGGCCUGGUUUGGUGUCCUGGGCUGUGUGCAGGCUGAAUUCUUUACUUCUAUUGGGCACAUGACAGACCUGAUUUAUGCAGAGAAGGACCUGGUGCUGUCCCUGAAGGAGUACAUCUUGGUGGAGGAAGCCAAGCUCUCUAAGAUUAAGAGCUGGGCCAACAAAAUGGAAGCCCUGACCAGCAAGUCAGCUGCUGACCCUGAAGGCUACCUGUCCCACCCUGUGAAUGCCUAUAAACUGGUGAAGCGACUAAACACAGACUGGCCUGCACUGGAGGACCUUGUCCUGCAGAACUCAGCUGCAGGCUUUAUUGCCAACCUGUCAGUGCAGCGACAGUUCUUUCCCACUGAUGAAGAUGAAACAGGAGCCGCCAAGGCCUUGAUGAGACUUCAGGACACAUACAAACUGGACCCAGACACAAUUUCCAAAGGCGAGCUUCCAGGAACCAAGUACCAGGCAGUGCUGAGUGUGGACGACUGCUUUGGGAUGGGCCGCUCGGCCUACAAUGAAGGAGACUAUUACCACACAGUGCUGUGGAUGGAACAGGUGCUGAAGCAGCUCGAUGCAGGGGAGGAGGCCACCACAUCCAAGGCCCAGGUGCUGGACUAUCUGAGCUAUGCCGUCUUCCAGUUGGGUGACCUGCACCGUGCCCUGGAGCUCACCCGCCGACUGCUCUCCCUUGACCCAAGCCAUGAACGAGCUGGAGGGAAUCUGCGCUACUUUGAACGGUUGUUGGAGGAAGAAAGAGAAAAAAUGUUAUUGAAUCACACAGAAGCUGAGCUAGCACCCCAGGAAGGCAUAUAUGAGAGGCCUGUGGACUACCUGCCCGAGAGGGAUAUCUACGAGAGCCUCUGUCGUGGGGAGGGUGUCAAACUGACACCCCGAAGGCAGAAGAGGCUUUUCUGUAGGUACCACCAUGGCAACGGGACACCACAGCUGCUCAUCGCCCCUUUCAAAGAGGAGGAUGAGUGGGACAGUCCACACAUCGUCAGGUACUACGAUGUCAUGUCUGAUGAGGAAAUCGAGAGGAUCAAGGAAAUUGCAAAACCCAAACUUGCACGAGCCACUGUUCGUGAUCCCAAGACAGGUGUUCUCACUGUUGCCAGCUACAGAGUUUCCAAAAGCUCCUGGCUGGAGGAGGAUGAUGACCCUGUUGUGGCUCGGGUGAAUCUUCGGAUGCAGCACAUCACAGGCCUAACAGUAAAGACUGCAGAAUUGUUGCAGGUUGCUAAUUAUGGAAUGGGAGGACAGUACGAGCCACACUUUGACUUCUCUAGGAAGGAUGAGCAAGAUGCUUUCAAGCGUUUAGGGACGGGGAAUCGUGUGGCCACGUUCUUAAACUACAUGAGCGAUGUGGAAGCUGGUGGUGCCACUGUCUUUCCUGAUCUGGGGGCUGCACUUUGGCCUAAGAAGGGUACGGCUGUAUUCUGGUACAACCUCCUGCGGAGCGGGGAAGGUGACUACCGAACGAGACAUGCUGCCUGCCCCGUGCUUGUGGGCUGCAAGUGGGUCUCCAAUAAGUGGUUCCAUGAACGAGGACAGGAGUUCUUGAGGCCAUGUGGAUCAACAGAAGUUGACUGACAUCCUUUUCUGCCCUUCACCUCCCUGGCCCCACAGCCCAUGUUGUCUUCAAGUUCAACGUGACAGACCCCCUCUACUUUCCAGCCUUUGUCAGGCGGCUCUUUGGAAGCGUGAAUGUUUGUCUGGAGCAGAGAUGGUCCUGGGGAAGGUCCUGGGUGACUUGGGUGACCUGGGUCCCAGCCUCACCUGUCAGCUAUCUCUGGUCGCAAGGGUAGGGUUGGAGCAGAGUCAGGUGGUCUAGUACCUAGCAAGGUGCUUUUGUACCUCAGGUGCUUUAGGUGUGAGAUGUUUCAGUGAACCAAAGUUCUGAUACCUUGUUUACGUGCUUGUUUUUAUGGAAUUUCUAUUAAUGUGGCUUUAACCAAAAAAUAAAAUGUCCCUGCCAGAAGCC